AUGCAUAUAAUAAAAUUUCCUCUUGAUAAAGCACGUCUGCUACCAGUUCUUACAAAAAAGUUUGUUACCUUACCAAUAUCUGAUACCCAAUCAAAAGCACAAAAAAAUUUGUCUAAUCGUCAAAAAUUUCGGCAAAUACUACCAUCUCAAGAAACAUUACGUGAAAUUGAGGCACUUAAUUUAGGAAAACUUCGAAAUUGUGUAGGGAAUCGAUUUGGAAAAAAGGUGAGCAUUAUUGGAAAGAAAAGAUUAGAACGUAAACUUGGAGAUUUGACACUUGAACGAGAUGAACAAUUAGAGUUACCUCAUUUAUCAUUUUUUGCGGGUGCCAAAGUUCCAACAUCUUUCCCACCCGAGAGGGUUCAAGAAUUAUGUUUUGUUGGACGAUCUAAUGUUGGUAAAUCAUCUUUAAUCAAUGCAUUGGCUGAUACUACAGUGGUUAGAACAUCUGAUAAACCAGGAUUAACGCAGCAAAUCAAUUUUUAUGCUGCUGGUAAUAUGUUUAAUAUGGUUGAUAUGCCUGGUUACGGAUUUGCUUAUAUUAAAGAUGAAGAAAGGAUCAAAUGGAAAGAAUUGAUAGAAACUUAUGUGUCGGAAAGGAAAACUUUGAAAAGGAUCUUUGUGAUAAUUGAUGCUCGACAUGAUCUUGCACGUCGACAUACUCUUGUUAAAGAACAACUUCAAGUUUAUAGAAAUGCUGUCCCUCAGCCUAUGAUGGAGGAUUGGAGAGAGCAAGAGAGGUCGCAAAUAAAAAAAGGGCACAAAGAAUAG